AUGUGCGAGUGGUACCGACGCAACUACGCCUGCGGGCACCACUUCACGGGCGCCUCCGAGUGGUGCUACCGGUACAGCCAGACGCAGAAGCGGUGCAAGGUGGUGGUGACGCAGGUCGACUACGACUCGUCUGUGUGCAAGAGCUGUAUGAAGAAGGGCGUCAAGACUGAGGUGCCCUGGGAGCACAUGAUUGACCGGUCCAAAUUCGAUCCCAACCAGGAAUGA